AUGAGUGCCCCUAAGAUUGUUCUGGUCACAGGUUGUGCCAAAGGUGGAAUUGGGUAUGAGUACUGCAAGGCAUUCGCGGAUCAAAAUUGCCGCGUUUUCGCAUCUGAUAUCUGCCCGCGCAUGCAUGACAUGUUAGAACUGCAAUCGGAUAGGAUUGAGACGCUUGAACUCGAUGUGUCGGCUGAUGAAAGCGUGGCAUCGGCUGUGAACACUGUUGUAUCCAAAUGUGGCCGGAUAGAUGUCCUGAUCAAUAAUGCUGGGAUAGGAAGUACUGGUCCUCUAGCUGAGCUUCCAUUGGAUGCAAUUCGGAAAGCUUAUGAAAUUAACACAUUGGGGCAAUUAAGGAUGGUACAACAUGUAGUGCCUCACAUGGCAGCCCAAGGCAGUGGAAGUAUAGUAAAUGUAGGUAGUGUUGUGGGGAGAGUACCCACCCCAUGGGCUGGGUCUUAUUGUGCUAGCAAGGCUGCGGUGCAUGCCAUAUCGAACACUUUACGUGUCGAGUUGAGGCCAUUUGGUAUCAAUAUAGUGCUGGUGGUUCCCGGGUCUGUAAGAUCAAACUUUGGUAGCAACAGCACGGAGAAAUUGGAAAAUUAUGACUGGAAACUUUAUAAGGAUUUCAAGGAAGCCAUCGCAGAACGAGCAAGGGCCUCCCAAGGUGGUAAAGCAACCGAUGCAGCAGUGUUUGCAAGGCACGUUGUGAAGAAGGUUUUAAGUCCUAGACCUCCUAAGCAGAUAAUAUUGGGUCACAUGACGGGUUUGUUUGCUAUUCUUUCAUGGUCUCCCCUAUGGGCGAGAGAUCUUUUCUUUUCGACUCGAUUCAAACUAAACAAGAAGUUACGACGUUGUACCGAAAGGUUUAUGGAUUUUGGAGGCAAAACUUUUGCUCUGGUGGUUGAGUAUGUACUGAGCUCUGAAUAA